AUGAUCGCUAGGCUGCCUUCUCAAUCAAUUGCAGCCGCAUCUUCUCGAACUUCACAUUCUCUUUUACAAUAACAUAUAAACACUUCACUUCUGCCCUCACCAAUCGUUCCCCGCCGCCCGGACUCCAUCCUCCUCCUCCUCCAACCACCACCGCUACCAAAAAUGACACCAUCUUCUCUACUUCUCUUCUCCAUCCUCCUCUUAACCUCCCUCACUUCAUCCCUCUCCUCCACACCAUCCCCAACUUUCCACCAAAAACCUAACAACGAAACAGUAUACAGAACCUCCAAACAACUCUGCAUCGGGUGUACAUGGGAGUCAUUACAAUUCUUGUUUACUCAAAACUUAGUUCGAGCAGCUAAGUGGGAGAUCCCAUUAGCUUGGGAUUUCCAGCUUCAGAGGUACGCUCAAUGGUGGGCAGGACAAAGAAAAGGUGACUGUGAGUUGAUGCAUUCGUUUCCAGAAGAUGAUUUCAAGUUGGGAGAGAAUAUCUUUUGGGGCAGUGGAUCUUCGUGGUCUCCGGUGGAUGCUGUGAAUACAUGGGCAGGAGAAGAGAAGUAUUAUAGAUAUGGAAGUAAUACGUGUGCAUCUGGGCAACAAUGUGGGCAUUAUACGCAGAUAGUUUGGAAAACAACGAGAAGGGUUGGGUGUGCUAGAGUGGUUUGUGAUAGUGGUGAUGUGUUUAUGACUUGCAACUAUGACCCUGUUGGAAAUGUUAUCGGAGAACGUCCAUACUAAUUAAUAAGGUAUUGUAAUUUGUUAGUAUAUAAUAUGAUUUAGCUAUACUAGAUGCUAAAAGAUAUGUGUCAUUAAUUGUUGUUAUAAUUGUAAUGUACCGUGUAUAAAACCAUAUUAUUACCUCUACGCCCUUGUUUCUUGUGGUGUGUGUAAGAUUGAAGCAUUUAUAUGUAUCAAUAGAAUUACAUAAUUUUUGUGUUCUUGA